AUAAAAAAAAGCCAGAAGAAGUCAGCUCUUUAUUAGCCUGGGCUGCCUGAUCGGGCUCAGACGGAGAGAGAGAGAGAGAGAGGAGAGAGAGAGAGAGGAGAGAGCGGAGCGAUGGCAACGAAAAAGGCGUGCGUGGAUGCGCCCAAGAGGAGCCGGAGUCCGGUCGUGCUGGAGGCUGAGAUGUUCCGAGAAUUUCAGGACUGGUGUCUCCGAACUUACGGGGACUCCGGCAAGACAAAGACCGUCACCCGGCGAAAAUACAACAAAAUCAUGCAAACACUGUUGCAGAACGACGAGCCGGACGGGGUGUACGUGGACAACAGCCACAUCAACGCCAAAUUCAAAUUUUGGGUGAAGUCCAAAGGCUUCCAGGUCGGAACCAACGUUCUGGGGGAGCACAACAAGAAGGGAGCGCCGGGGAAGCCCGUCCUUUACGUCCCGGUCAAGUCAACGUGUUCGGAUGGCAAUUCGGCCCAGGACAACCCCUCCCUGAAGCGGGUCGCCGUUGUCGAGGACUUCUUCGACAUCAUCUAUGCCAUGCACGUGGAGAUGGGCGCCGACCCGGGCCGAGCACCAAAACACGCAGGGCAGAAGAAAACCUACAAAGCGAUAGCUGAGACCUAUGCCUUCCUGCCCAGAGAGGCGGUGACUCGGUUCCUAAUGAGCUGCGGAGAGUGCCAGAAGAGGAUGCACAUUAACCCCAGCACCGCGGAGUUCAAAGAAAAUGACCGACCCACCUCGCUGGUCCCCGACCUCAUCGACUACAACAUGCCUCUUACUGCCACCUACCUGAAGCAGAUGAAACUGCAGUGCAUGACAGCCACUGAGAGGGAUGACAGUUCGGUGAGCAGCGAGGACAUGAACAACGCUGAGCCCGUUUGGGUCGCAGCGGAGCAGCCAGCAGUGCCUGAACCGAGCCCACCCAACGGGGAGCGGGUCAGCAACCCGGCCGCCAUUGUCAAAGAGGAGGAUGAUGAUGACUCCUCGGAGAGCGGCAGCGCCAACGGGCUGCCGGCCCUGACCUCGCCGGAGGCGCUGGCUGCGGGUGCGAACCCCCAAGAUGGCGGGGCUUCCUACAGGGAGGUGGCAGAGAACGGGCUGAGCGCGCCGCUGGACUUCAGCACCACCUCGUCCUCGUCAUCCUCCGAGGAUCAGCAGCCGGUGAAUCUGAGCGACAGACUGCUGCCGGCCGGGAGCUCGCCGCCGAACAGCUACGCAGCAGAACCCAACAAGAAGUUCCCCAUCAAAACAGAGUCGCCUCCUUACAGCUCAGGGAGUUAUGACUUGGUGAAAACAGAGCUGAGCAGGAGCGCUGAGGACUUGACCUCCAGUCGGGCGCAAAUAAUCGACGACGAUGACGACGAUCACGACGACCAUGACGACAAUGAUAGGAUCAAUGACGCUGAGGGGAUGGAUCCUGAGAGACUCAAAGCCUUCAAUAUGUUUGUGCGUCUGUUUGUGGAUGAGAAUCUGGACCGCAUGGUGCCCAUCUCUAAGCAACCCAAGGAGAAGAUCCAGGCCAUCAUCGAGUCCUGCAGCCGCCAGUUCCCAGAGUUCCAGGAGCGCUCCCGCAAGCGCAUCCGCACCUACCUCAAAUCCUGUCGCCGCAUGAAAAAAGGCGGCUUCGAGCAGAUCCGUCCAACGCCCCCUCACCUCACCUCUGCCAUGGCUGAGAACAUCCUCGCUGCCGCCUGCGAGAGCGAAACCCGAAAUGCUGCCAAGAGGAUGCGGCUCGACGUCUACCAACCGACGGACGAGCCCGCCUCCGUUGACAAACCCAUCACAAGGGAUCCAGCUCCUGUGGCGCCGUCAGGGUUCACUAUUGCCAGCGCAGCUUUUGCCCAAGACCAACUUUACACCAACGGAGGCCUCAACUACAACCUGCGGGGAUACGGGACAGUCGGCAGCACCCAGCAGAGCUCCAGUGCUGCACAAACCAAUGGUCCCACAGAUCUGAGCAUGAAGUCCGUCGGCCCAAACUCCUCUUCAUCCUCCUCCUCGUCCUCCUCCGCCUCCAACAGUCACGGUCAGGGCGGCGGCGGUGGCGGGGCGUCCGCCCAGCUCAGCCCUCCGGAGGUGACGGCGGUGAGGCAGCUAAUCGCCGGGUACCGGGAGUCCGCGGCCUUCCUGCUCCGCUCGGCGGACGAGCUGGAGAACCUGAUCCUGCAGCAGAACUGAGUCCAAACCAGACCGUGCCAACGCCCUCCCCCCCUCAGCCUGUCCUCCUCUGUCUCUCUCACAUCCUGGCAGACUUUCACACACAAAGACACGAUCCUACACGAGCGAUACCGCAGUGCAUCGUGGGUAACGUAGGCAUGGAACCUCCACUUGUUCCCACACGGCUAUGUUCUGAAACAUAUCACGGGCUGAAACACGACGAUUUAUGCAUUUGGUUGACCUUAGUGCCCUGCUUUGUGUAGCCAUCCCAUCAACUUCAUCACACCAGUGGAAACCUCCAUUUGUCUCAGGAAGCGAUGAUCAGAAAAAAACAAAACAAAAAAAACGAUGUGUACCGAUGAGGUGUUGGAUUAGUUUAACCCCAAAAACAUCAAAUUAGCGAUCAGCACCGUUAUUUCUGGUAUUAAACCGGAAAACGUGUGCAGUGCAGGUUUAAUCGGGUUUUAUUCUGAAUCUUUAACACCGUUUUAACCUCAACAGCUGCUGAUUUUACAACAUACGCCAAAAAAAUACAAUAAAAAAUACAAGAACGAACGAAAGGAUUAAACACAGUGACAAAAAAGAAGAUCUGACAGAUUUGCAAGAAUGUCUUUAGCUAGGUUGAUUUUAUUUUCAGUAAAUUUUUGUGUAAAACGCUCUAUGGCAGGCUGUUAGUUGUCAUGAGUGAAAAGGCAGAAAAAUCUUAGGAAACGUGGGUCAGAAAUCCAUCCUGAUGAAUUAGAAAGUCAUUGAAUUAGUUAUUUAUUCCAGUAUUUCAAUUCAAAGUGAAACUUAUGUCUUAUUUAAAAUGAUACGUUAAUGUUUCUGAUAAUUCUCAAACAUGUAAUUAUUCCAGUUUUUCCUUCCACCCAACUUUCCAUAAAUGCAUAACUACAGCGCUCCGUGAACAUGUACUAUUCAAAUGUUCUGAGAAAGUGAUUUCUUUAUUACAUAUACUUAUAAUGAGUCCCUCCAGGAUUUUAUGGUGACCUUUUUGUGAUUGUUGUGGCCAAAAAUGACAGAUUUCUCAAAUUUAAACUUAACAUGAUCUUACAAAAACAUUUAGAUUGCAGCACAUAACCUUCCCUAAAAAAAUGGAUUUUAACAUAGUUAAUAUUUAAAGUGCAAACAGAACGUUCAAGUAGCUUUUUAAUGGAAAGUUUGGUGAAAGAAAAAAGUUUGAGAGCAUUCUUGAGAUAAGAAUAUUGGAUUUUGUGAAUCCAUCACAUUGAUAGAUGCAUCAAAUAUAUAUGGAUGUGUAAUUAAUCUCUGAGUUUCACAAUUUAAAUUCAACUAGUGGAAUAAAUAAACUUUUCGCUGAUGUUAUUAUUAUUAUUAUUAACUGAGAUGCACCUCUACUUGUCAGGGAGAAAAAGAUUAAUAUAAUAUUUAGACUGUUUGGUUAGGAACCAGCGCUAGAGGGAAGUAAAAGAAAAAGGUGCAAUAUGGAGUUAAUUUGAUUUUAAAAUGAAGGCGUUUCACCUCAGCCGUCUUUUGCUCCAACAGUCGAGUUU